GGCAGCCGCGGAGAUGAAGCUGAGCCGGCAGUUCACGGUGUUCGGUAGCGCGGUCUUCUGCGUGGUGAUCUUCUCCCUGUACCUGAUGCUGGACCGCGGCCACUUCGACCACCCGAAGAGCCCCCGGCGGGAGGGCGCCUUCCCCAAGGGUCAGCUUUCAAUACUGCAAGAAAAAAUAGAUCAUUUAGAACGCCUGUUGGCAGAAAAUAAUGAAAUCAUUUCAAACAUACGUGAUUCUGUGAUCAAUCUGAGUGAAUCAGUAAAGGAUGGGCAAAAAAAUCCAGAGGCUGUAAACAUCGGUCAAGGAUCUGUUUCUGAGCUGUUCCCUUCUGCUUCAGCUUUGCUUGCAGUUGAUUCUGAGGAUUGUUUGUUUGCUUCAAAAAGUGGAAGUCACAGUUCAGGUGUACAGAUGCUGGAUGUCUAUGACAUUCUUCCUUUUGAUAAUCCAGAUGGUGGCGUUUGGAAACAAGGAUUUGAUAUCACAUACAAUGAAAAUGAAUGGGAUGGUGAACCACUUCAAGUUUUUGUUGUGCCUCACUCACAUAAUGAUCCAGGUUGGCUGAAGACUUUUGAUGAUUACUUCAGAGAUCAGACGCAGCAUAUUUUAAAUAACAUGGUUAUAAAACUGCAAGAAGACAACCGAAGGAAAUUUAUAUGGUCUGAGGUUUCCUACUUUUCAAAAUGGUGGGACGGAAUAGAUAGCCAAAAAAGAGAUGCUGUUAAAAGGUUAAUAAAAGAUGGACAAUUUGAAAUAGUAACAGGAGGAUGGGUCAUGCCUGAUGAAGCUUCUUCUCAUUAUUUUGCUUUAAUUGACCAGCUGAUAGAAGGACACCAGUGGCUAGAAAAGAACCUUGGAGUAAAACCCAAGUCUGGAUGGGCAGUUGAUCCAUUUGGGCAUUCACCAACAAUGGCUUACCUUCUGAAGCGCACAGGAUUUUCCAAAAUGCUUAUACAGAGAGUUCAUUAUUCAAUUAAAAAACAUUUUUCAACACAAAAGACACUAGAAUUUUUUUGGAGACAGAACUGGGAUUUGGGAUCCAGUACAGAUAUUCUUUGUCAUAUGAUGCCUUUCUAUAGCUAUGAUGUUCCUCAUACUUGUGGUCCGGAUCCAAAAAUCUGCUGCCAGUUUGAUUUCAAACGACUUCCUGGAGGAAGAAUAAGUUGUCCUUGGAGAGUCCCACCGGAAGCCAUUCAUGCUGGAAAUGUUCAACACAGGGCUUGGAUGAUAUUAGAUCAAUACAGGAAGAAGUCAAAGCUUUUCCGUACAAAAGUUCUGUUAGCUCCACUUGGGGACGAUUUCCGGUACACCGAGAGCUCUGAAUGGGAUCAGCAGUACCAGAAUUAUCAGAAGCUGUUUGAUUAUAUGAAUUCUCGUCCUGAGUGGCAUGUUAAGGCCCAGUUUGGAACUUUAUCUGAUUACUUUGAAGCUCUGCUCAAAGAAAGCAAUUUAGGUGAAAAGAGCAGCAAUUCACUUUUUCCUGUUUUAAGUGGAGACUUCUUCACCUAUGCAGACAGAGAUCAUCAUUACUGGAGUGGGUACUUUACAUCACGACCCUUUUAUAAACGCCUGGACAGAGUCUUGGAAUCCUACAUAAGGGCAGCUGAAAUUCUCUAUUCCUUGGCGCUAGUACAGUCCAGUAAAUCUGAGAAGAUGAGUGUAUUUCCUUCUGUGGAUAACUAUAAAUUGCUGACAGAGGCUAGGAGGAACCUUGGACUCUUCCAGCAUCAUGAUGCUAUUACAGGAACAGCCAAAGAUUGGGUAGUUGUGGAUUAUGGCACCAGGCUUUUCCAUUCAAUAAUGAAUUUGAAGAAAGUAAUAAUUGACUCUGUUCAUAUUCUUAUCCUAAAAGACAAAAGUGAUUAUAACUAUGACACAGCAACUCCACUCCUGAAGAUGGAUGAUGUUCAGGCUUCUCAAGAUUCUUUGCCACGCAAGACAGUUAUAAAGCUGACAUUGCAACCAAGAUACCUUUUGAUACAUAACCCUACGGAACAAGAGCGAUUUUCAGUGGUUUCCGUCAAUGUGAAUUCACCCAAAGUUAAAUUAUUGUCUCCUUUGGGAAAACCUGUAAAUGUCCAGAUUAGUGCUGUUUGGGAUGGAGCAACUACAGUAUCGCAUGAAGCUUAUCAGAUGUCUUUUGUGGCACAUCUGCCACCUCUUGGGAUUGGAGUUUACCAGCUUCUGGAGGAUGAGAGGUCAGAAGCAGUUUUAGCUGACUAUAACAUAUAUGUAAGGAAUAGCAGACAGGAGAAGUCAGACAGAGUUUUCAAGAUAAAAGAGAUGCAGCAUUCUGUGGAUAAUAUAAUCUUAGAAAAUGCAUACAUGAAACUAUGGUUUUCUGGAAUGUCUGGACUGCUGGAGAAAAUAAACAGCAAGGAAGAGGGUAAAAGUCAUCAAAUGAAGGUGGAGUUUGCUUGGUAUGGAACUACCAGUAACCGAGAUAAAAGUGGAGCUUAUCUCUUCUUACCAGAUGGAGAUGCCAAGCCUUAUAUUUUUACAGACCCACCUGCCAUAAGAGUUGCUCAUGGAACGAUUUUCUCAGAAGUUGUUUGUUUUUUUCACCACGUGACACAUACCAUGCGGCUGUAUAAAGUCCAGGGCUUGGAAGGUCAGUCUCUUGAAGUUUCCAAUAUUGUGGACAUAAGAGGAGAAUAUAAUCGUGAACUUGCAAUGAGAAUUUCAUCCGACAUAAACAGUCAAAAUAGAUUCUAUACUGAUCUUAAUGGAUAUCAGAUCCAGCCUAGACAGACGAUGAGCAAGUUGCCUAUUCAAGCAAAUAUCUAUCCUAUGACUACCAUGGCUUACAUCCAAGAUGUUGGUGUUCGUUUGACCCUUCAUUCAGCUCAGUCUCUAGGUGUUGCAAGCUUGAAAAAUGGUCAGCUGGAAGUGAUCAUGGAUCGUCGGCUUAUGCAGGAUGACAACCGUGGCCUUGGACAAGGUGUUCAAGAUAAUAAGAUUACAGCUAAUGUCUUCCGACUGCUGUUGGAAAGAAGACAUGGAACAGAUGUGAAUGAAGAGAAGGCACCAGUGAGUUUUCCAUCACUUCUUAGCCAUAUGACUUCUCUCUUCUUAAAUCAUCCUGUAAUUCCAAUGACAACAAAUGCAGAUUCAGGUGUCCCAGAGCUGAUAAGUACUUUUGCUCCACUGGUGUCAUCCCUGCCUUGUGACAUGCAUAUAGUCAAUCUGAGGACAAUUCAAGCAAAGGUAGAUACCAAACCAUCUGAUGAAGCUGCUCUGAUUCUUCACAGAAAGGGAUUUGAUUGUAAAUUUUCAAACAGAGACACGGGUCUGCUCUGUUCUACCACUCAGGGAAAGAUACAGGUGCAUAAACUCUUUACCAAAUUCAGAGUGGAAAGUCUUACACCCACAUCUUUAUCUUUGAUGCAUUCACCUCCAGAUGCCAGAAAUAUAAGUGAAAUAAAUAUGAAUUCUAUGGAGAUAAAUACAUUCCGGAUUCGGCUGAGAUUAAAUCCUGCUUUCACACUCAGAUAAAGAAGAAUCUGCAGUUGUAUCUCCUCUGAGUUUCAUGUGCAAUAAAAGGCACAUUAAUGUUAUUCCAGCUUCUGGAUACUGUGAGAAAAAGAUGCAUUCUGUAAUUUUUUUUUUUUUGACCAACACAAUGAAAAGCCAUGUUGCAAGCAACUUUUUUUUCUGUUUGGAUUUUUUCCCCCAUAAAAUAGCAACAUCAUUAUCAGUUAAUACAAAAAUGAAGAAAUUUCUAUGGAUGUUAACCUCUCAACAGAUUAAAUCUCAGGUUAAAUGCUAAUUAAUGAUGUUUCUGGUGUUUUAAUUUUCAUAAACAGGGGAUUCGAUUUUAAACAGCCUUCUUUUCCUGAUUGUUGAUGAAUUUAUGUGUGAAUAACUCAGUGUACAAUGUCCUGAUGCAGCUUGGAAAAAAAAAUGGAAUAAAGUGUUCCUGUGUAGUAGCUAAUGUCCAAAUAUUUGCAAUCAUUUAUAUAAAUUACAAUAAUCUCAAUUUAUUCUGCAAUUAAUUUCAGUUUAUUCAACACAAAGGGGAUUAUUAAUUGUGGUAAAAUGAAAGCCUGCAGUACUUGUGAUAAGUGAUGGUAGAUUUUAAUACUUCUACCAUUCACCUGAGUUAUGUAAAUAGAAAAACCUGAACCUACAAAGUAAUUUUGCAAUGGAAUUGUUUAAUAAAACUCCCAUUUUGUUACUUGA